AUGCCCGACCGCUCUGGAUACCAACCGCUUGCCUCCAGUGACGAUGUAGAGCAGCCGACAACCCCCUCACGUCGUAGAGGCCGGCCUCGUCGACCACGAAUGGGCUCUUUGGACCUUUCAAGCAUAGACGCCGCAUUCAAGAAUUGGACUCAGACUUUGGCGGCGAAGUUUUCUACUCCCAAGCCAAAGGCCACUGGAAAGCGCGAAAUAUAUAGAAGCGUAUUCGAUCCUGUGGGGUCCCCACUCGUGAUAUCCAACCCCAAGACAUUAGACCACAAACCGCCAAUGUCGCGGGAGGAGUUCAGAUCACUAGCGAGCUCGGUGCAGAGCGCUAUAGAGGAAGGUGUUCAUCCAAAGAUGAUAACGAAGGGAAGCUCUGGUUCAUAUUUUGCGCGAGCAAGAAACGACCAAGGACGUGUGCACACUGUUGCAGUCUUCAAACCCAAAGACGAGGCGCGAGCCUUACGGCCCUCCUUUACCCUCGCGCUAAAUUAUCUGUACAGUGAAGCUGCCGCCUCUCUUCUGGACACGCGAUUACAACUCUAUAUCGUUCCUCCAACAGAACUCGUUUCUUUAUCUUCGCCAUCCUUCUUCUACGACUGGCUUGACCGUAAUGCUGCAAAGAAAGGAAAGCCGUUACCAGAGAAGAUUGGGAGUAUGCAGUUCUUCUUGUCUGGCUAUCAAGAUGCCUCCGAAUUCCUGCGCAAACACCCAUGGCCAGGCAGGGCGAUUUCGGACACAUGGGACGACUCCUCGCAUCGACAAGGGAGCAUCUCCAAGCGAUUUGCUUCAGCUUUCAACGUGGUUUGUGGGAGGACAGGAGAGGCGGACGAAGACGUAUACGACGAGGUGGAUUACGAAGAAGAGCGUGUUCUAUAUGAUGCCACAGAAACAACUGAUUCAAGGCCAUUCUACUGGAGUCAAACUCUCCAAGAAAGCUUUCGAGAAGAGCUCGAAAAGCACGAUAUUUUCUUUCAAAGAAUUAUGCUCAAUACGGAUCGAGGCGCAGACAACUACAUGAUCAAAUACUGCGACGGAGAACACGAGAAGUCGCUCAUCGACGUAGCUCCGUCACCGUCGACUCUACCGUCAUUGAGCAAGUCCGACACUCAAAUGAGCGCCUCGUCCUCAACACCGGCUAUGGUUCCUUCCAUGUCGACUUCAAACAGUUUCCAUGGUCCAGGGGACGAGUAUACACGUAGACCUCAUGUGCAUGUUGCUGCUAUUGACAAUAGUUUGUCCUGGCCACACGAGCAUCCGCAGGGAUGGCGGACAUAUACCUACGGCUGGCUGUAUCUGCCGGUUAGUCUGAUUGGCAGACCCUUCAGCGACAAGACACGAAAUCACUUCUUGCCCCUGUUGACGUCAAAGGAAUGGUGGGAAGAGACUACUUAUGAACUGGAGAAGCUGUUUAGAGUGGACCCGGACUUUCAUCCAAAGAUGUUUGCGCGCCAACUUGCGGUGGUCAAGGGGCAAGCUUGGAACAUUGUUCAGUCGCUCCAGCACGAAGAUGAAGGUCCCUUAGAACUAACGAGGCGGAGUAAGGUACUUGUUUGGGACGACGAGGUUGAGAUUUCCGAGGAAGACGGCGAUGAACCUGUCGUCUCUUCACGAAUGUCUGUGAGAAGUGGACCAUUACCGCGGCGGGCACGCAGUCGGAGCAACGGCAGUGACUUCCCUCCUCCACUUACGCGUGUUUCGAGCGAGCGGCCAGUCCCCUUCGCUGCCAAGUUCAAGCGUGUGCAUCCUGGCACUAAGGGCAUUGAUGUGUUGGAACAUCUGGAGCGACUGGAUGCUGUGGAGGCAAGCUUGCAGCGGCUAGGGGCUGACGACGAAUACGAUGAAGAUGAUGAAGAAGUUGACGUUGGGGACCACAGUCAUCGAAGACGUCGCGAUGCUCUCGAAAUCUGUGUCUCACGUAGAAGGCGCACCAGGCCACCAUUCAAGAUGGGCAAGUCACACUGCCGCCCCCACUUCCCCAUUCCUUUCCCCCACCCCAACAAGAACAGUCAUUGUCGAGCGACUGGAGAGCGUCACGACCAAACCAAUGUGCUCAUGCUGCCAUGCAGCGAAACUAUCCAACCGCUCGCGUUCAUCGCCGUCCCCUUCAUCUCCCGCCCCGCUUCGUUUGAAUCGUUGCUUGCCGCUGUACAAAGACGCCUCAACUCGCAGCCCGUCGAAGAAUCGUCCAUUCAUUUUCUGACCAAGACUGUUAACAAACAAAGGGUCCCGGAAUUUCACCGUCAUGAUUCCGUCAGCAACGCACAUCGUAUAACACAACGUUUGUGA